AUGUCUAGUCCAUUCACAACUGCAAAACGCCCCUCAUCACCAUCUGAAGACAGCGUACAUGAGCCAUUUGGCUGUCCAACUCCAUAUGCCGAGCCACUGUGGUUUUCCCGAAACGUGUCACCCCAUUACACUAGUUCACAUCGCAAACUUCGCGCUGCAGUGCGCAAAUAUGUCGAUGAAGAAAUCUUGCCGUAUGCCUUCGAUUGGGAAUCGGCAGGCAAAGUACCAGAUUCGGCAUGGCGACGACAUGCGGAAUUAGGAUAUCUCGCUUUAAGCACGGGACUGUCGGAUGUAAAACUACCGGGAGAUAUUAAGCCUGAGGAGUGGGACUCGUGGCACACUUUGAUUAUUACGGAUGAGUUGUCGCGUGUCGCAUAUACUGGUGUGCUAUGGGGUCUUGGCGGAGGCAAUGGAAUUGGAGUACCCCCAAUAGUCAAUUUUGGGACGGAAGAACAAAAAGCUAAAUUUCUACCUGGUGUUGCAAACGGCAGCAUAAGAUUUUGUCUUGGCAUCACGGAACCUGAUGCUGGAUCUGACGUAGCAAAUAUCAAAACCACUGCUGUACGGAGCGGCGACCAUUAUAUCGUCAAUGGCUCAAAGAAAUGGAUCACAAACGCUAUUUGGGCGGAUUAUGUCACCACGGCAGCUCGCACCGGAGGCUCAGGGGCAACUGGUAUAUCGCUUCUUAUCAUCCCGUUGAAAGCUGACGGAGUCUCUCGAAGGACAAUGCAUAAUUCGGGAGUCGGAGCAUCCGGCAGCACAUUUAUUACUUUUGAUGAUGUUAAAGUCCCCAUUGAGAACCUUCUACACAAAGAAAAUUGCGGAUUUGAAGUCAUCAUGUCCAAUUUCAAUGCUGAGCGCAAAAGCAUUGCCUCAUCGGCCAUUCGAUUGAGUAGAGUAUGUGCUGAAGAUGCAUGGAAACAUGCUUGUACGCGUGAGACAUUUGGAAAGAAAUUGAUUGAGAAUCCGGUGAUUCGAGCGAAAUUCGUGAAGAUGGGAAGAAUGAUCGAACCCGCGCAAGCAUUUCUAGAGCAGUUGACUUGGUUGAUUGAGUUGAGUAGGAAGAAUGGCGCAGAAUACGAUGUGAGGAUUGGAGGUAUGACGGCUAUGUUGAAAGUUGUAAGUACGAGGUGCCUCGAGAAAUGUGUAAGGGAGGCUCAACAAAUCAUGGGUGGAUUGGGCUAUGCUCGAGGUGGGAAAGGUGGAAGAAUCGAGGCCAUCUCAAGGGAUGUGAGAGUUAUGGCAGUUGGGGGUGGGAGUGAGGAAAUUAUGAGCGAGCUCGCGAUCAAAGAAGAAGUUAAAGAUCUGAAGAGAUACUCAAGCACUUUUAGCAAACUUUGA